CUUAUUUGCGCCAGUCGCUCAGUGAUCUUGAUCAGUUGUGGAUCGUUUUGUGUGCAAUAAGGAAUUGUUAUCAACUGAAAAACAUCAAAAAUGUCUAGCAAAGCUUGUUGCCAUGGUCCCGGUUAUAAGACCCCACUUGACGCCAUGAAAAAUGGACCUCGCGAAAAAUUGCUCUAUACAGUUACUGUGCAGCCCAAUCUAGACGAGCCCCACGGAGAUUACCUAUCAACUGUGGAUGUGGAUCCCGAAAGUCCAACUUACUGUCAGGUAAUUCAUAGAACCUUUACCAAUCGCAAAGGCAAUGAACUCCACCACUCGGGCUGGAAUGCUUGCUCCAGCUGCUACUAUGUGGAUGAGGAUUCUAAACAAAUACCAAAGCGUGACAAACUUAUAUUGCCCUCGCUUAUUUCUGAUUUCAUUUACGUAAUGGAUGUGGCGACUGAUCCACGCAAGCCCUCUCUAUACAAGACCAUAGAUGGAGCUGUGUUCAAGCAACAUAAUGUAACUGCGCCGCAUACAACGCAUUGUCUGGCUGAUGGUAAUAUAAUGAUUUCAACGCUGGGCGAUGCUGAGGGUUAUGCCAAGGGCGAUUUUAUUCUCUUCGAAACGAAUAAUUUCAAUUGUGUCGGCACGUGGACCAAGGGCAACCAAGUGGCAUUAUGCGGUUAUGACUUUUGGUAUCAACCAUAUUUUGAUGUAAUGGUGUCAACGGAAUGGGGAGCACCUAAUAAGUUUAAACGCGGUUGGCGUACCGAAGAUCUCGAAGAUAUGACACAAUAUGGUUGUCGAUUGAAUUUUUACAAGUGGUCAACGCAUACGCUAUACCAAACCAUUGAUUUGGGUGAGGACGGUACAACACCAUUAGAAGUUCGUUUUAUGCACAAUCCGAAACGUCCGGAUGGCUUUGUUGGCUGUUGCUUGAACGCAAAUAUAUACUAUUUCAAAAAGAAACCCGAUUCCGAUGAAUUUAUAGCAAAAAAAGUUAUUGACAUACCUGGAAAGCUGAUUUCAAUUGAUGGUGGCAAGCCUGAGACUAUGAACGGCAUGGUUUCCGACAUAUUGCUUUCACUGGAUGACAAAUAUCUCUAUGUAAAUUGUUGGCUGCACGGUGAUCUGCGUCAAUAUGAUGUUACUGAUCCAGAAAAUCCACGCUUAACCGGUCAAUUAUUUUUGGGAGGUUUCAUUUGUGAAGACUGGAAGAAUGUGGAAGUGCUUGAAGAUAAAGAACUCACGAAACGUCCUGAACCACGCUUUGUUAAAGGCCGCAGACUUGAGGGUGGACCGCAAAUGUUGCAACUUUCUUUGGAUGGCAAGCGUUUGUACGUUUCAUCUUCACUUUUCUCCCCUUGGGAUAAGCAGUUCUAUCCGAAAAUGGUUGAAAAAGGCGGAACCAUAAUUCAAAUUGACAUUGAUGUCGUUAAUGGUGGCUUAAAGUUGAAUGAGGAUUUCCUAGUUGACUUCGGUAAUGAACCAUAUGGACCGGCAUUACCCCAUGAAAUGCGUUAUCCCGGUGGUGAUUGCACCUCCGACAUUUGGUUGGCUAACGAUGAAAAAUGAGUUUUGUAAAAUGUAGGCGUCAAUGCUAUCUUCAAUUCGCUGUAAAUUUCAGUAAAAUAAUACGGAAAACAGCGCAUUGCAAACAAUUACAUAUAUAUCUCAUUCAUAGCAUGGAAGGCGGCUCUAUGUGUCAAGAAUGGCUUUCUAACUGUGCGAUUUUCGUUUUUGUAAACUUCAAACAAGACAUUUCAUUCGAAAUGAAUUGUCAAUUAUGUAAUGCAAAGUUUUUGAAUAAAUUUUAAAAUGCAA